AUGCCUAAAAAAAAUACACACGACACGACACGACACGACAUCACAACAACAACAACAACAACCCACACAACAAACAAACAAACACAAACACAAACACACACGAGAUAUUUUGGAGAAAGGAAAAGCGCUCCAGGAACACCGGGAAGAAAAAAUAAUAAAAUAAAAAUGAGGAAAAUUACGAGCAUGAGCGGAUCCGAAUCCAUUCACGCAUUUCACAGCAUACCGGAAAUGUCUUAUUCCCGUCCGAUGACUCCGGUUAAAACGACAAAAAAAAAUAAUAAUAAUGAUAAUAAUAAUGAUGAUGAUGAUUCUCCAGGGAAAAAUAUGAGGAAAAAUUCAGAAUUUCGCGUUCCGUCGCUUAACGAUAAUUUAAGCAAAUGCGAUACGCGUAAAAUAAAAAAUCAAGAGGAUAAUUUACAACAGCAUAAAGUUAAUUUUACCAACGACAAACCGUUAACUAAUAAUUAUUAUUAUCAUCAUCAACGUCCCGAUGAUAACAAAUCAGACGAAUCCUCCGAUUUCGAUAAAGACAAAUCGAAAUUUAACAGGAAUGAUUCGAAAGAUUUUUCCAUAAAAAAUUCCAUGACUGGAAGAGAUGAUGACCACUUAAACGAAAAUUGA